AUGGCCAUACAAAUUUUGGACGAAAACCACUUGGCCAUAAGUGCCAUAGUAACGGUCGUAAUGCAGAUAAUUUUUUUUAUAAUAGCAGCAACUUUUCAAUUAGAUAAACUCACCGAUUUUGCGGGCGGCGUGAACUUUAUCAUUUUGGCGCUUUUAACAUUCUUUCUGGGCCAAGUCGGAAGCAAGACUUACGACAGUAGACAAUUAAUGGUCACAAUUUACGUGUGCUUGUGGGGCGCAAGAUUAUCCUGUUAUCUGCUUUAUAGAGUUAUGAAAAUAGGCAGAGACAAAAGAUUUGAGGACAAUAAAAGCAAUGUGAUAAGAUUUGCAGUUUUUUGGACAUUCCAGGCUGUCUGGGUUUACGUGGUUAGUUUACCGGUGAUAAUAAUAAAUUCCCCGCAACACCGAUACCCCCCGGCACCGAAAACUAUGACGACGCUAGACUCCGCCGGCACAGGAUUGUUUAUUAUAGGUUUUUUGGCCGAGACUUAUGCUGAUUUGCAAAAAUUUGCAUUCCGACAAGAUCCAGCUAACCAGGGAAAAUGGUGCAAUGAUGGUCUUUGGAGGCUCUCAAGACAUCCGAAUUACUUUGGUGAAAUCGUACUUUGGUGGGGAAUUUUUAUAAUUUCUUUAAACGUGAUAGACGGAGCGGAAUGGGUGGCGGUGAUGUCACCAAUUUUCACAACGGUCAUAAUUUUGUUCUUGUCCGGUAUACCGAUGUUAGAAAAAUCGACGGAUGAAAAAUACAGAAACAUCGCGGAUUAUAGGUACUACAAGUCUUCCACUUCACCAUUAAUACCGAUACCGCCGGCAAUUUAUGUCGAGGUUCCAUGGUUCUUAAAAUUCGUUUUAUGCUGCGAGUACCCGUUAUACGAUUCCAUGGACCCAAAAACACCCCCGACACUGAUAACCGAAUCUACGUCUCUUUCACUUGCGCAAACUGGAAGCUCUCAGCACACCUAGCUGCAGGUUUACGCCAGUCGCGGCGGUGAUCAGCAUAUAACCACCGCGCCAGGCGUCGCUCGGAUAAAUAAUAGCAAUUCUUCAAAUAAGGGCGAAGUGACAACAGCCCUCUAGGUUCGACAGAAAACCGACGAGCCCUCAAAAGCGCGCCCGAAGGUAACAACAAAAACAACGGCAUGCGUGGAAAUCUACCAG